UUUUCACUAGGACGUUAAGCUUGCUUAAAAUUCUUUGUGGUCUUUAUUUCCGGUCAGAGUAUAAGCUAGUGUAAAUUCACCGACUGUUUUCAUUGCAAACGUUAGGUGGUGAAAUGAUGGACAGGUCAACCUAAAUAUGUAGAAAGCUCUCUUAUUACUAAGUGCACGCGCCAAGUUCGAAAAAUGGCGGGAGCUCGAAGUCUUGUGUUUACAACGUUAUUACUKCUAAUGUCAGUGUUAUCUCAGCGAAAACGUUCUAGAUUUUUGCGUAAUCUUCGAUCCCUAUCUUUGCAACGUAGACGGAGAGUACUUUUGGCGCUUAACAACGUUAGGAGGCAGCAAAAUCGUCGGUACAAUCGCCGAUGGAGGCAAAAGACUGCUUGGGUAUAUCAGAGGCCCCAGUUUUGGUUUGAACAAYUCUUAAAUAAUCGAGCUGAGGAUCACUUGUGGCGAGAACAUUUCARAGUCAAUAGAACAACAUUUAACUAUAUUUGUGGACUAGUCCGUCCGUACAUGACAAAACAAGAUACUUUGCUUCGAGAUGCUAUUCCAGUGGAAAAACGUGUAGCUAUUGCCUUGUGGCGGCUAUCGACAGGGAAUUCGUACAGAACUGUAGGACUUACCUUUGGAAUAGGCCGAUGUACUGCAAUGAAUAUAAAGGACGAAUUUUGCGCGGCUUUACGUAGGCUAGCCUCGCGCUUUAUUAGAUUCCCUAGGACUGAAGCCGAUACAAGGAGAUGUAUUCUAGACUUUGAAAAUAUAAGCACGUUUCCUCAAGUAGUAGGAGCACUGGAUGGAUCACACAUUCCUAUAUCUGCUCCUAAAGAGAACCCGAACGAUUACAUCAACAGAAAAAAGUUCCAUAGCGUGAUAUUACAAGGGKUCGCUGAUGCYAACGGUAGAUUUAUACAUAUCAGUACUGGAUACCCUGGUAGUAUUCACGAUGCUCGAGUUUGGAGGAUGAGCUCGCUAUACACAGCGAUCCAAAACAAUCGUGUCCUUACCUCACCCGAAUGCAGAAUUGGUGGUAGGAUUGUUAAGCCUUUGUUGGUCGCUGACCCUGCCUACAAGCUGACAACUUGGUGUAUGAAGCCCUAUCCUCAAGCUAGAGGUAUCACACCGYGUCAAGAGGCUUUCAAUAAAUCCUUGAGUGGCGCGCGUGUGGUAAUAGAACAAGCWUUUGGACUUCUAAAAGGAAGAUGGAGAUGUCUUUUGACUAAACUUGACGAGUCUGUAGAUAAAGUUACCUCUACYRUYGUAACUUGUGUUAUACUGCACAAUAUUUGCGCUGAUUUAAACGAUGAUACAGAAGUUGAAGCUGUACAUGAUGGAAAUGGAAUCAAUCCCCUCCCUGUUCACGGCCACAUUAACCCAGAUGGAACAAGGCUACGCAAUCACAUUUUGGACACAUUAUUCUGAAUCAGUUUAUUAUGUAGUAAUUUCAAUAUAAAGCAACAUUGACUUGCAUGUUA